GAUUCAGUCGAAAUGCCGAUAAGGUGAUCAAGAAGAAGCUGCUGAACUGCAGCUGCGAACAAAUCAGCAUGAGACCUUUUCAACAGUACUCGUUCUACGAUUCCCCAUACGGAGAACGUCGCCCGCUGUUUGCUGCUCCGAGCCAACCUGGCCUGGCUUACCAACACCACCUGCAGCCGCCAUACUAUCAUAGUAUGGUAACGACACAACAACCAGCGCCAGGUCCAAGUAUAGCUAAUGGACCCAUAUUUCCUCCGGGAGUAGAACCGCAUCGAAAUCCGUUUGCCGUGCAGAGGCCACCUCCACCAGCUGAAGAUGACUCCGAAGCGGAAGGUAUAAACUGUUCGCCAUGCUGUGAUGAUGAAAACGUGAGCCGCACCUUUCGGUCAAUCGCUCUCGGUCAAAUACUCUCAUUAUGCCUAUGUGGUACGGGUAUCUCCAGUCAAUUGCUUUCAAAUCGAGGAGUGAAUGCUCCUGCUGCUCAAUCUUUCACCAACUACUUCCUCCUGUGCUUUGUCUACUGCACGGCGUUGUCGUGCAAGACCGGUGAGCAGGGCCUGCUGGGCGUCCUGCGACGGCGAGGCCUGCAGUACUUCAUUCUAGCUCUGAUUGACGUCGAAGCCAACUAUAUGAUAGUCUAUGCAUAUCAGUUCACUAAUAUCACAAGUGUGCAGCUUCUCGAUUGUUCGACCAUUCCAACGGUUUUACUACUUUCAUGGUUGUUUCUUUCAGUACGGUAUCUAAUAUCUCAUAUAAUAGGUGUUUGUAUAUGUUUAAUAGGUAUAGCUUGUUUGAUUUGGGCCGAUAUCUUGGAUGAGAAGGGAACUAUUGGAGGUAACCAACGAGUUGUUGGUGAUUUACUCUGCCUUGGAGGCUCCCUUCUCUAUGCGGUAGCCAAUGUUUCCGAAGAGUUUCUUGUAAAACAGCAUAGUCGUAUGGAGUAUCUUGGAAUGGUUGGCUUAUUCGGCUCACUCAUCUCCGGAGUUCAGCUAGCUGUCUUAGAGCACAAGAAUCUGGCUCAAUUAGACUGGGGAGCCGCCACGAUUAGUUGUUUUUUGUUAUUUGCCGUUUCGAUGUUCAUCUUCUACUCCUUGGUUACGGUGGUGCUACAGAAAACAUCAGCUUUGAUGUUCAAUCUUUCCACAUUAACUGCCGACUUCUAUUCACUUCUUUUUGGGCUCUUUCUCUUCAAGGAUUCGUUCCACUACCUCUACUUUGUUUCAUUUAUUGUUGUUGUUAGCGGGUCGGUGAUUUAUUCUAUUAGAGAAACUCAGAGGAGAGAUCCGAAUGAGCCGCGUCGUGUGUGUCCAUGUCUGUUCGUUUGCUGCUGCUGUUGCUGUGAUUGCUUAUUCGAAGAGGUCGAAAGCACUGAGGGAUCGCUGGACGUCUCACCUACUCCAAACGUUAACAGAAGUACUACUAUAGCCAUGCACGCGAUAACAACGGAUCCUAACUGUCCAGUGCACGGUAUAAGAGCUACUGCUGGUUCUACUCUCAGUAACGGAACUCGAGAUCUUCCGACUGGCCGAUGAUCCAUUGUGAACAGAUUUUACUAAUAAGUACUCUAUUCCACUUACUGCACAGAGUCUGGUCAAAACUUUAGUCGCCUUACAAUGAUCUCUCCUCAAAUCCGGUCAAUUUCACAAUUCCAUACGAUAAUAUAUUAUGAAUAAUAUUAUAUUGAGAUGUUGCCAUUGUUGUCACUUUUGUCACUACCACAGAUACGAGCUCAUUCUGUUGUUUACUGUC